GUUGGCUUGUGUUCUUGUAUGCGUAUCUUCGUCGUUAGUAUAAUUAAUUACCAUUUUGUGACUGGUGAAGUGGAAUAUGGUGAAACUAGCAUAAUAAAAUCAAAAUAUGAAAUUAAAAAAAAAAGUUAAUUCGAUUGAUAGCGUGAAAUCGUGAGUUUAAUGUUUGCUUAUGUUUAUGAUUAUUUGAAGAUUUUUUGAUUAUGUUAACAAAAUAUGGUAAUUUAAUAAAUUUCUUCGUAAAAAUUAUGUCAAUUGGAUUAAAAUAUAUUUAUAUAACAUAAUUUGAAUUGUGUACAAUAAGCCAAAAGCGAAAGUUUUCGAUUCAAAAAUUUUUAACAUAAUUUAAAUAAUUACAUAUAUGUACCUACAUAUGUUUAUGGAAGUAGUAUAAGGAUGUAUAGUAUAACAUAAAAUAUGCACGUAUUGUGACUUUUUGUAAACUUUAAUCAUUAAACAAGAUUAUGUGCAAAAUUCAAUCUUAAAUUAACUGAAAUAUGUACAAAAUGAAACAAAAAUACCUUAUAUUUAGCAUCGUUAUAAUUCUUAUGUCAGUGAGUAUAUCAUGGAGUGGAAGACCAUCCCGAGUUGAAAUAAAUAAGUGCUGUCCCUUAAAUGAACACUUAAAUUCUAACAACAAAAUGUGUGCACCUGGGAAUAUUGAAAAUUGGAUACCAAAAAUUCAUUUAAUGAAUAGAAAAAUUUACUAUGAACCUCAAGGGUAUAAACCACAAUUUAUCGAUUUUAUACCAAAUAAAAAACCUGAAAACUGUUCUGACCCAAAAAUUUAUACUAGUCCGAAUAUUGUGAUUUUGUCGAAUGGUUCGUUAUUUCUACAAGAAAGAUCUUCACUGAUUGAUAUUAAUAACUAUUGUGCUGAUAAAGGGUUAGCUCUUGUUUGCUUGCCAUAUAUCGCAAAAGAUUACGAAGCACAAAUAAGAAAAUGCUGUGGUCCUAACUUAAUAUACAAUAUUGAUAAAAAAACAUGUUAUUUUAAUCAAUUUCCAUCUAUGAAUAACUUUUCAAUACAGUUCAACUCAAAUAUUUUCAAUAAAACUAACAUCGAAAUUAUUUACGGAUUUCCUGAAUGCGCAAUGGGUUCAACAGACUAUCAUAUUCUUGAUGAAUUUAGUGAACAUAAUUUCAAUUUGCAAAAUGCGUCGCUAAUUUUGAAAGAUGGCAAAAGAUUUUUACCUGAAGAUUAUUGUUUGGAGAGUACUAUUAGUGAUUUUGCAGAUAUAAUAAAAGGUCAAAUUUUGUCAUCAUAUCCCAUAAAUAUCGUUGUCUGUACUAAUCAUAAAGAAUUUCUUAAAUUAGAAACAUAUCAACAUAAUGGAACAUUUUAUAGUUACGAAAAUAAUAAACUUCUUGCGAUUUCAAUUUGUCUCCUUAUAUCUGUGCUAUUUUUAAUAGCAACAUUAAGUGCUGGAUUUUUACUGCCACCGAGUUACCAUGCGUUGCAUUGGCGAUGUCAAAUGUACUAUGUCAGUUGCUUACUAGUUGGAGAUUUUUUACUUGGGAUGGGACAACUUUUUGGUAGCAUGAUACAAGGGACAGCAUGUGUUUGUGUCGCAAUUUUUAUUCAUUUUUCAUUUUUGGCGGCAUUUUUUUGGUUAAACGUGAUGUGCUUAAAUAUUUGGUGGACAUUUAGAGAUUUUCGUCCAACAACAUUGGAAAGGAAUCAAGAAAAGUUGCGAUUGAUUAUUUAUAGUAUUUAUGCGUGGGGUGGAUCUGUCACGAUUGCUGGUGUGGCAGCUAUUUUAGAUCAACUUCCUGACGAUCCCAACUAUAAUUUUCUUCGACCACGAUUUGGUGAACAUCACUGUUGGUUCUAUGGUGAUAUGGAAAAAUUUGCAUAUUUUUUUGGACCUAUCGGAAUACUUCUUUUAAUUAAUUUGGCUCUUUUUGCUUCUACAGCUCAGCAACUAACCUGUGGCUUGUGGAAAAUGGAGGAAGUAAAAUCAACAAACGAAAAUUUUGAACCAAAAUAUUCCAGGAGUUCGAUUGGAAGACUUUGCCUUAAGUUAGUAAUCGUGAUGGGAGUUACAUGGAUUGCUGAUAUUAUAUCAUGGCUCGUUGGUGCAGAUGGUCCUACAAUGGAUGUAAAAUCGUAUGGCGUAAAACAUUUUAUUUGGUAUGGAAUUUGGUAUAUAAUGGAUUUUAUUAAUGCAUUACAAGGUGUUUUCAUCUUCAUAGUUGUUGCUUGUCAGCCUCAGGUUUGGUCAGCAAUAAAACGAAUUUGGAGUUUAAAAAGUGUACGGGGUGUAGCAGAAACAAAUAUAACACAUCAGCAUCAUUCGAACUCUUCACAUGGCAUGCCAUCUAUAGGAGAGGUCACAAAUCAUACAUGCACAAAUCUAGUUAUAACGAAAAUUCCUUUGGAAACAUUACAAAAUAAUGCAGCAAAUCAUAACCAGUAAAAUAAAUAAAGAAUUUACUGUAUUUUUUUAAUUUUUUUUUAAACAUAUUAAAACAGUAAAUAAGAAACUAACUUUCCAAACAAUCUAGAUAUAUUAACUGAUUAUUUAUUUGUUUAUACAUACAGCUGGUCUCAGUCGUAUUCGUACAAUAACCAAAUUUUAAAAAUAUUAUUAAACAAGUGAAUUUCCUUUUUUUUAUAGAUAAAAAAAUCAGUGUUUUUGUGAGUUCAGAAGUUAUCUGAGCCCAUUCUUCAAUUAAACUCGCUUUUAGGGUAUUAAUGCUACUAAUUUGGUAUUUUCGAGCUCGUUUAUCGAACUCAUUCCACAAAUUCGUGGAGGUGUAUACAGUACUUUAGGACAGUUAUAAAGUAUCCAUGAUCAGUUCUGCAGUCAGUAUGCUUGGGAUCAUUGUCUUGGUAAAAUUUAAAACAAUCUUUGAUUACCAAGCUUUCGGCACUAUCUUUUAAGUUAGCUCUUAAAAUAUGAAUAUAUUUUGAUCCAUAAUUACGUCUUUACAUAACUGUACGAAUAUGACUGACUUAAAUUUUUGCAAUAUAAUUUUGGAAAUGAUUUUUCCUUACAAUUUGGUUUGUGUAAUGGAAUUUUUUGCUAUUUUCAGUAACUAGUAUAAAAAAUGAAAUAAUCUGGUUUAGCAGAAUUAUGAAUUUCGAAUCACAUUUGUUUUUUUAUUAAGUUUUUUUCAAAAUUUGGUUACUGUACGAAUACCUCUGAGACCCACUGUAUAUAUCUAAUUAGAAUUUCCUCCAACCUUUUAAACACCUUUAAAAUGGCUAUUUGUAUGUAAAUUACCUUAAUACCCUUUCAUUCAAAUAUAGUUAUGGAAAUUCUUGUAGUUCAAAUAGCUUUCACAAAUAUUUUAAAAUUUGGAAUUGAGGUAAAUAAAAAUAAAUAUUUGCGUAAAAAUAAAUUAUGACAUAAGUUGUUGUGAUUAAUUUUUGUUACAAAUGAAUAAUGAAUAUUAUUAUUUAGUUCUUUUGUAUUUUAAAUUUGAGAUUGAAAAUGGUCAACAUAUAUUCACUUUUUUAAAUGGUAGUUAUUAGUUGACACUUUUUUAGUUAAGUCAAGAGUGAAAUUAUUUUCAAUGUUUCUAUUUAAUAUGAAAAAUAAAAUAGUAUUAUUAAUUAUAAAAAUACUCUGGAGGAUAAUUAAUAUUAUCAAUAUAUUAUGAAUUUACAUGAUAUAAAUAAAUUUAGGCUUUCUAACAAAUCAUUUUUAUACAGUGAUUCAGUAAUCAGUGCUUUGACAUGUUCCUGCAUUUAGAGCAUCGAAAUUGCUAAAAUAUCUGUUUGGGAUUAGCUGUCAAAUCUCAACGGUUUUCGAAAUAAAGCAAUUUUAUCAAAUUUUAUCGAGAUAGAAGCUUCAAAUAAAGAAUUUUUAAAAAGACUCAAAUCAAUAUUGUAUUUUGUUUUCAAUUUUUCAAGUUUUUUCCCUUUCUUAUUUUAUUAGUUUUCUUAAACUAAAAAAAGGGGAAAAUUUGUAAGUUUUUUUUUUGCACAUUUUUUGUCCAGUUUUUUAAAUUUUAAUUAGUCAAAAAAUGUUAAAAAAUCUUUUGUAGUAAUGUAAAAAAAAACCAUUUGUGUUGCAAGGUUUUAAUGAAAUGUAUACACUGAAAAAUUGUCCCUAUUUUUGAUUUUUGUUAAUUUUAAGUUCUAUAUCUAUUAUUAAUUUUUGAUCGACAAAUCAUUCUUCAAAAUAGGUGACAUUUUUAGGAACCGUUAUUCUGAAAAGAAAGAUUAAUUUUAAGAUUUUUAUUGAAAUAUGUACAUAAAUUUCAUAUAUCUAUCAGGCAACUAUGGUCACGGAGUAAAUCAAAAAUUUAUUCCAAAUUUAACUAAAAUAAUGUAAACUUCAUAUUUAUAUACAAGCUAUGUCGUGAGUUAUUUGUGUUAAUGAAAUUUAUUAAUAUUUUUAGCUCUAAUGAUUCAACAUUCAACAAAAAAAUAAUUAUUUUAAUCUAAAUUGUUUUUAAAAACAUACUAAAUCAUACCCAAAAAUCUCACAAACAAAAAAAAAUAUCAAGCGAAGCACUUCGAAAACAUAAAACGUUAAGAAAUUGCUUCUGCUCGUAAUAUUUCGGAAAAUAACUUCAACCUGAUGACCUGAUAGAUAAACAUGGAAUUAGUUUUACUCUUUUCCAACAAAUGCACAAUAGCUUAACCCAUUCAGUGAUUCCAGGAGCGUAAUAAGAUGGAUGGAAUCAAAUAUAAGGAACUUGCUAGUCCCAAAAAGGAAAAUAUAAAACUAAUUUUUUUUUUAAGAAUAACGGUCCUUUAAAAACGUCGACUCCUUUUUAUAAUGACUAUUUUAAUCAAAAAUUAAUAAUAAUUUAGAAUCAUAGCAUUUAAAAUAACUAAAAAGUACUGAAUUACUAAUUUUAUACAAUACAUUAAGGCGUUUAAAAUCUUGGAAUACAAAUGGUUUUAUGCUAUAUUUAUAUAUAUCUUUACCAAACAAGAUAACGUUUUAUGGCUUAAAUUAAAACUGAGCAAGUGGAUAAAAUCAUGUAAAAACAAUUUUAAAAAAUUGUCAAAUUAGAGAAAACUAACAAAAUAAAAAGAAUUGAUUUUGGUCUAAAAUUAUAAUGUUUGGUAUUCUGAAACCACAUUAAAUACAAAAUCUUAUGAUUUCUGAGGGUAUGUUAAAUUUCAAGCCCUAUUGAAAAGCAAAGAAACCUGACCAAGUAGAAAUUUUGAAAAUCGUUGAGAUUUGAUACCUUGUUCGAAAUAAAAAUUUUACCCAUUUUGGGAUGCCCUAAACGCAUGUGCAGAUUAAAAUUUAUAUAAAAAAUAAAAGACUAUUGAAAAACAUCCUUUCAAAGGAUUUUAUAUUUAAACUAAGCAAGCAAUAAAUCCAUCCUAUAAUCUUUAUUUUAUAAUUCAUUACUCAUGUCAUAAUCCAUUAUUAUUAGAGUAAGUUACUAGGUAAAAAACUUUUAAGAAAAUAAUUUCGAAAGCAUGUAUGUAAGUUAUUCCAAAAAAUUUUGUACUUAAAUUUUAAGUCAUUAUAUUACACGUAUAUAUGUAUAUGAAUUUUAUAUGCUCCUUCUUAUUAUAUUUU